AUGCGUACCAUAUCCACUUCAUCAGACGGCACCGAGUUUCCUACGUUCACUCCCGACCACAGUAUCGACUCGCCCCCGAACCUACGUAUCCUGCAUUUCAACGAUGUCUACCAUCUGGACCCUUCAUCGGCCGAGCCGGUCGGUGGGGCUGCGCGCUUCCAAACCGCAGUAAAUGAGUAUAGGUCUUCAAAACGGUACAUCGGCCAGCCUGAUCUCAUUACCUUAUUUUCCGGCGACGCCUUCAACCCGAGCUUGGAAAGUUCCGUCACCAAGGGCAGUCAUAUGGUACCUAUUUUAAACCAGCUCGCGACCACCUGUGCCUGCGUUGGGAAUCAUGACCUCGACUUUGGCGUCAAACAGUUUGAAUAUCUCACAGGCAAAUGUACGUUUCCAUGGCUAGUUGCAAACAUCUUCGACCCUGCCCUUGGUGACGGCAUCCCUAUUGCGCAUCUACAAAAAACUCACAUAAUCACCUCGUCCAACGGAAUCAAGAUCGGACUGAUCGGAUUGGGCGAGCGUGAAUGGCUUGAUACGGUCAAUGCACUCCCGCCAAAUAUUGUUUACCAGUCUGCUACGGAGACAGCUAAGCAGCUUAUCCCGGAACUUCGGAAAGCUGGUGCUGAUAUGAUUAUUAUUCUUUCCCAUGCACGAGAGCCAAACGAUAUCAAAUUGGCACAAAAUCUAGGCGGUGAUGCCGACCUUAUACUUGGAGGGCACGACCAUUACUACUCGCAUAGUCUUGUCAAUGGUACGCAUGUGCUCCGUUCAGGUAGUGACUUCAAACAACUGAGUUACAUUGAAGCCUGGCGUCGACUCAGCAGCGAUGGCGGUGGGCCCAAGUCUCGUUGGGAUUUUGUCAUACGGCGAAGAGACAUCGUUUCAUCUAUUCCGGAGGACAUGCCGACUCUUGGUCUUGUUGAAGAACUUACAGCCAAACUCAAACAGAGCCUGGAAAAGGCUAUUGGCUGGACGGCGGCACCGCUUGAUGCGAGAUUCACCACUGUUCGGGUCAAGGAAAGCAACUUAGGUAACUUUGUCUGUGACAUUAUGCGUCUGCACUAUGAGGCGGACUGUGCCAUCAUGGCCUCUGGUACGAUCCGUGGCGACCAAAUUUACCCACCCGGCCCGGUGCGUGUCAAGGACAUUACCGAUUGUUUUCCGUUUGAGGACCCGGUGGUCGUUCUUCGAGUCACAGGCCAGGCCAUCUUGGACGCUCUGGAGAAUGGAGUGUCCCUGUAUCCAGCAUUGGAAGGCCGCUUCGCCCAAGUUUCCAACAUCACGUACGAAUUUGACCCAUUAAAACCACCGGGGUCACGUAUCACAAAGUGGGAACUCGGCGGUGCUCCUGCCGACUUGCAGAAAAUUCUAACUCCUGCGCCCCCGUUCAUUUUCGUCGACUAUCCACUAACGGUUCCAGAUGGCUUCGCGAGCCUUCUUGCCAAAUCCGAAGGUGGCACUGCGGAGGAGAUUGUGGACGAAGAGGGUGGCAUACUCAUCUCAAUGAUGCUGCGGCAGUAUUUUAUGGCCCUCAAGGUGCUUGACCAAUGGACGCACUGGAGCCCUCCAAUGGAACAUCAUUGGGGUCGCGUCGUAUCCAAAGUUGAUCACCACCAUCCACAUCUACAGCCCGGUUCGACGACUGCAUUACUGAUAGCAGAGCCUAUUGCCCGACAGAAAGACUUCCGCGGGCGCUCGUUGUCGCCAGACAACGACGAGGGCUGGGGAGACUGGACGGCAGCGCGACUUCGCCAGAGACGGUGUAGCGCGGUACCUUUCAAUGAGCGUGUUGUUGACGAUGCAACGCCGGCUCAAAACACAGAAGAAAUGCGCCGCAUCGACAGACAGAUGCAGAUUAUGCGCCGAGUGGCCCGCAAGUGGUGUCGCCUGGCCGGCGUACCAAGUCGUCUUGGUGAUACGUUGACGGAGUGGGAGUACGAGGCGGAUUGGACCAAGGCCAUCGCGCCCCGAGUUGAAGGACGUAUCCGCGUAGUGUGUGAGGUAGGCGAAGGCAAGUAA